AUGAUGCAAGAAGGUUCCCAAACUACAGAUUCGUUCGAAAUGUUUGACGUGGAGAAGGAUGCUCCGGCAUUCAAGAAUCCUGAAAAGGUUUUGGUGGAAACAAAUAGUGAGGAACAAUUUUCAGUAGAGGAGAGUGAUAAAAUACCAAAAACCAAGCUUUCGUUCCUAAAUGAUCUUGCUGGUCGUCUUAAUGCCGAGACGAAAGGUAUUGAUCCAGUGACCGAUGAGGAAAAGAAUGAUCCUUCGAUUCUUAACGCCACUACGAUGUGGUUUUCUGCAAAUCUAGUCCUUUCAGCAUACGCUAUUGGUGGAUUAGGUCCUCUAGUUUUUGAUUUAAAUUUUGGUACCUGUGUUCUUACAAUCAUUUUCUUUAAUAUACUAGGGCUACUUCCUGUAGCGUUUUUCUCCUUAUUUGGUGCAGAAUUGGGGAUGAGACAAAUGGUUUUAUCAAGAUUUCUAGUCGGUAAUGUUACUGGUAGAAUUUUUUCUUUGUUUAACUGUAUCGCAUGUAUUGGGUGGUGUGUUUUGAACAGUGUUUGUGCCGCACAAUUAUUAAAUAUGGUGAAUCAAGGUCCACAUAAAUGUCCCUUAUGGGCUGGUGUAUUAAUUGUUGUCUCUGGUACUGUCAUAAUUACAUUUUUUGGGCAUAAGGUUAUUCACUUGUAUGAAAAAUGGUCAUGGAUUCCAAAUUUCGCAAUCUUCCUUGUUAUUAUUGCUCGUCUACAUUUAUCUGGUAAUUUCUCAGGUGGUGAAUGGACAUCAGGACCAACUACUGCAGGUAGUGUCCUUUCCUUUGGUUCAGCCGUCUUUGGGUUUGCCACUGGUUGGACUACUUAUGCUGCUGAUUAUACAGUCUACAUGCCAUGGAAUACAAACAAAUUCAAGAUUUUCUUUUCCUUAGUUGCAGGUUUAUCUUUCCCACUAUUUUUCUGUUUAAUUCUAGGUGCUGCUUCAGCCAUGGGUGCCGUCAACAAUCCAAAUUGGAACGAUUACUAUCAAAAGAACGGGAUGGGUGGUGUUACUUACGCUAUCUUGGUCCCAGACUCCCUACAUGGAUUUGGUGCCUUCUGUUGUGUCCUUCUAGCUCUUUCUACUGUGGCAAAUAACAUUCCAAAUAUGUACACUAUUGCCUUAUCUGUUCAAGCUUUAUGGGAACCAUUAGCUAAAGUUCCAAGAGUCGUAUGGACUAUGGCUGGUAAUGCAGCCACUUUAGCCAUCGCCAUUCCCGCAUGUUACUACUUUGAUGGGUUUAUGGAAAACUUUAUGAAUUCCAUUGGGUACUAUUUAGCUAUUUACAGUGCUAUUGCUUUACCUGAACAUUUCAUUUUUAGACGUGGAUUUAAAGGUUACAAUAUCGAAGACUGGAACAAUAAUUCCAAAUUACCAAUUGGUAUUGCAGGGUGCAUUGCUCUAGUCGUGGGUGCAUUUGGGGUCGCUCUUGGUAUGAGUCAGACUUACUGGGUCGGUGAAAUUGCACGUCAUAUUGGUGAAUACGGUGGUGAUAUUGGAUUUGAACUGGGUGCCGGUUGGGCUUUCGUUGUUUACGUUAUUUUAAGACCAUUGGAAAUAAAAUACUUUGGUCGCUAA